AUGGACCUCGUCCCGCAGCUCCGAAGAGCAAUCCUCGCCCAAUCCCUCCCCCCGCCGUCCCAAACCCUCCUCGCAACACUCACCUCUCGCUCCCCUCCGCCACCAAUGCCGUCUCUGCUCGCAACCGCAAAGGCCCGUCUCCUCGCCUCCGACCUGACAAACACCUCCGGCACCGUCGUCGACACUUCAAUGCCCGCGUUCCCCCCAAAUAUCGAUUCCGCCGCCGUCCAGAAUUCUUCACUCCCCCAAAAUACGCACGUCCAGGUCCUCGACAUUGAGAACCUGAGUCUGAGCCGCUGGGAGCAGGUCGAGGAGCUCGAGGCCAUUGAGCGAGGCGAGCGCACGCGCGGACGACAAGUCAUUCGUGUGACGGACGAAGAGAACGGCGAGGCGGAUGGGUCUUCUUCAUCUGCGGGACAGACGCAGGCUUCUCGUGCGGGAGCGGCUUCGGGGGGGACCAACGCCAUGCACAGGCUGGUGCUGCAGGACGGCCGCGGCAAAAAGGUCUUCGCGGUGGAGUUGAGGCGUGUAGGGGGGAUUGGGAUAGGCAAGACGCACAUCGGCGAGAAGAUGCUGCUCAAGGCGGGCGCCGUCGUGGCGAGGGGGACGGUGUUGCUGACGCCGGAGACGUGCACGCUGCUUGGAGGCAAGAUUGACGCUUGGCAUGAGGCCUGGAUGGAGGGAAGACUGGCGAGGCUCAGGGAGAGCGUGGGAGCGGAUCGGCCGCAGUGA